AAUUUAUUCAGUGAAUUUUCUUUUUUAACACUAUUACGGCACAACUCCCAAGGGCAAGAAGAAGACAACUCUUGCCUCUCUCCCCUUCCCAGCAUUACCAGAAUUCCCAGGCCCAUCCUGGAAUGCCCGCUCACCUUGAACCCUGGGACCAGGGCGGAGGUGAUGGUCUGCCCCUGGGAUGUCUUGGCAAAGGGCUGUAAUUGUGGAUUCAGGAAACCCGGUCCUGGGCUAACUCAGUUCUCUCCACAUAAUUAAAAGAGGUAGAAAUGAAACGUCAGGAGGAAACAUGCACUUGAUAAAACUUAAAGAGCCCUGUCCAUUUUUGAAUCCUCACUUUGCUUUCCUGCCUUAAUUCUUGGCCACUGUAAAUUAUUUCAAAAAACGAUUUUAGAAGAGAAAAGGAGCCAGGAGUGAAAGAAGCGCCUUUAACAUUCCCCCUUUCUUUGGCAUCAUUUAGGAUUUUAAUUUUCAAGCAUGGCAAGGAGGCAGAAAUGGCUUCGGGCGGCAGAGGAGCAGCAUCACGUUAAAAUGAAGACAGAUUUCUCUUUUUCCUUGAGGUCUUCUCCUAAAAAGUGCCUAAAAAAUGAAGACCUCCCCCGGUGCUGAUUAGAACAGAAGGCAUUUCUAAUUCCUCACGAAUGGGAAGAGGAACUAUCCCAAAGCAAGGACUAACUUGACUCAACGCUAAAUCCACUACUUCAAGCUCCUGGGAGAAAAAAAAAAGCGCUGAAAUUAACCCGUUGUUUGGGAAAUAUCCCCGAAAUGCUUUUGUAACUUCAUCACCAACUACUCAGGGGGAAAUACUGCUCUUUAAGCCUCCCUUUUGCCCGAGAGUCCAGAGCUUCUAAACCAAGAAAGGAAGAAAGCAAGCGGGUUAUUUACGAGCGCCUCCCUCUCGCAGUUUUAAGCCGCUGUGCACCGAGCCUGCUUGUCACCGCUCCGGGCCAUCGCCGGGCGAGGCGACCGGCUCUGCGGGGCCCGGCGGGUCGGCCUUCCGCGUCCCCUAGCGGACGCGAGAGGUGGUGCGGCCCCGGCCACCCGCCGCAGAAAAGCGGGCCACCAGGAGACAGCGCCGCGUCCGCACGCUGUCGGCUGCACAGCCUCAGCGGCACCCCUGCUCGCCUUGUGUCCCCAUCCAGCGACCAGUCAGGCUGUGAGCGAGGGGAGUCCAGCCACCAAGGCUCCAGAGUUGGAGACCUCAGCAUAGUAGGCUGGGUGCCGCCUGGGGCCACCCCGACCUGGGCCGGGAGCGCACGCGUCUUUGCAGCCGUCCGCGACGGUGCAACUUCCCCAGGGAGCCGAGUUUAGUGGAAGCGACUGAGUAUCUCGAGGAACCGGCGGUCCGGGAGCUUCCCGCUCAUUUCCAGCGGCUCUGAAGGAGGUACCUCAAACGGGGCUUUCCGGGGUGGCGGCUGAGCCCCUAGUCCUACAAGAUUUGGGGUUCCUGGGAAGGGGACCACAGAGCCGCACGUGCGUCGGGAGAGAAACGCCAGGUCUUCUCAGGACCCUCGGGGUUUGUUUCAGGGCCCGACCCCGCAGGUCCGUCCGCGGAGUCGCCGGGAGUGUAACCCGAGGAGCCCCGCCCCGCCGCGCCCCGCCUUAAAGGUUCUCCGAGGCCAGGGGCGCACAGCGCCGGCCGCGGUCAUGGAGGGCGCGCUCGCGGCCAACUGGAGCGCCGAGGCGGCCAACGGGAGCGCGGCGCCGCCGGGGGCCGAGGGCAACCGCACCGCCGGGCCGCCGCAGCGCAACGAGGCCCUGGCGCGCGUGGAGGUGGCCGUGCUGUGCCUCAUCCUCUUCCUGGCGCUGAGCGGCAACGCGUGUGUGCUGCUGGCGCUGCGCACCACGCGCCACAAGCACUCGCGCCUCUUCUUCUUCAUGAAGCACUUGAGCAUCGCCGACCUGGUGGUGGCCGUGUUCCAGGUGCUGCCGCAGCUGCUGUGGGACAUCACCUUCCGCUUCUACGGGCCCGACCUGCUGUGCCGCCUGGUCAAGUACCUGCAGGUGGUGGGCAUGUUCGCCUCCACCUACCUGCUGCUGCUCAUGUCCCUCGACCGCUGCCUGGCCAUCUGCCAGCCGCUGCGCGUGCUGCGCCGCCGCGUGGACCGCCUGGCCGUGCUCGCCACGUGGCUGGGCUGCCUGGUGGCCAGCGCACCGCAGGUGCACAUCUUCUCGCUGCGCGAGGUGGCCGAGGGCGUCUUUGACUGCUGGGCUGUCUUCAUCCAGCCCUGGGGGCCCAAGGCCUACGUCACGUGGAUCACGCUGUCCGUCUACAUCGUGCCGGUCAUCGUGCUCGCCGCCUGCUACGGCCUCAUCAGCUUCAAGAUCUGGCAGAACUUGCGGCUCAAGACGGCGGCGGCGGCCGCUGAGGGGCCCGAGGGCGCGUCGGCUGGCAGCGGGGGGCACGCGGCUAUGGCCCGCGUCAGCAGCGUCAAGCUCAUCUCCAAGGCCAAGAUCCGCACGGUCAAGAUGACCUUCAUCAUCGUGCUGGCCUUCAUCGUGUGCUGGACGCCAUUCUUCUUCGUGCAGAUGUGGAGCGUCUGGGACCCCAACGCGCCCAAGGAAGCCUCGGCUUUCAUCAUAGCCAUGCUCCUGGCCAGCCUCAACAGCUGCUGCAACCCCUGGAUCUACAUGCUGUUCACGGGCCACCUCUUCCACGAACUCGUGCAGCGCUUCCUCUGCUGCUCCUCCGGCUACCUGAAGGGCAGCCGGCCCGGGGAGACGAGCGCCAGCAAGAAGAGCAACUCGUCCACCUUUGUCCUGAGCGGGCACAGCUCCAGCCAGAAGAGCUGCUUGCAGCCAGCCACUGUGUGACCAGCCUGGGUCAGGACUGCCUCCCUGGGCUGGGGUUGUGCUGACACAGACAGUCCGCCCCUCGGUGGCCAUGUAUGUAUGUGUAUAAGGUACCUUGCAGUUUGUACCCCUCCACACCUGGGGUAGCUUGAGCGGGGUGGGGAAUUCUGACCUGGGAGGGGGCAGUGGCCUCCACGGUGGAAGGUGAUAGGGUGACUCAUCGUCAGACCACCCUUGGGCCUCCCCUGAGCUCCCACAGGCACUCCUGCUACCCUGGCCCCACUGCUGCCCCUAGUGGGUGGGUUGCUUUUUUUUUUUUUUUUUUUCCUCCUGGACCUCUAAUUUCACUCCAGUACAUUUUUACUCCUUUAUUCUGGGAUCUUGUGAAAGGUGGUAAGUAAAGGAUUGGUGACCAGUUGGGUGUGGAACCCUAGUGUUCUGAGCGUUGAGUCAGGAGUGGGAAUGGGACCUCAGAGGGGGAGGGUGGUGCUAAUGUCCUCCUGACCUCAGGGGGCCUCUGCCUUUGAGGGGACUGAACCUGGGUGCCAGCUUGUCAGAAGGGGCCCUAGGAGCAGGGGCUUCCGUUAUGAGACCAUUUGGCACAGGCAGCCGACUAAAACUUGGGUUGAAAAUGUCUAGGAAGCUAAUAUUUAAGAAGCAAUUGGUGAAGAAAAAGAAAUGAAAGGCAUCCAAAUUGGAAAAGAAGUAAAAUUCUCUGCAGAUGACACGAUUUUGUAUAUAGAAAAUUCUGAGGAAUUCGUGUAUACACGUGCGCACACACAAACCCAUUAGAACUAAUAAAUGAGUUCAGCAAGGUUGCGGAGGACAAGGUCGAUAUACAAAACUCAACUGCAUUUCUUCUCACCAUCAAUGAACAAUAUGAGAAGGAAAUUAAGGCAUAAUUCCAUUCAGAAUAGUUUCAGAAAGAAUAAAAUAGGAAUAAAUUUCAUGAAAGAAGUGCAAGACUUAUAGCCUAAAAAAUACAAAAUAUUUUGAAGAAAUUGAAGAAAUUGAAAUUGAAGAAGACUUCAAUAAAUAGAAAUACAUUCUGUGUUCAUGGAUCAGAGACUUAAAUACUGUUAAGAUGACAGUACUAUCCAAAUUGAUGUACAGAUUCAGAGCAAUCCUAUCAAAAUGCUAGCUGGCUUCUUUGCAUAAAUUGAUAAGCUGAUCCUAAAAUUCAUAUGGAAAUGCAAGGGACUCAGAAUAGCCAAGUAAACCUUGAAAAAGGAGAACAAAGUUGGUGAAUUCAGACUUCCUGGUUUCAAAACUCCCUAUAAAGCUCCGGUCGUCAAGAGUGUGGUACUGGCAUAAGGAUAGACAUAGAGACCAAAGGAAUAGAUUAGCGAGUACGGACAUAAACUCUUACAUUUAUGACCAGUUGCUUUUUGAGAAGUGUGACGAGAGAAUUCAAUAGGGAAGAAUAGUCUUUUCAAGUUGUGGUGCUGGGACAACUGGAUUUCCACAUGCGAAAGAACGAAGUUAGAUCCCUACGUCACACUGGAUACAAAAAUUAACUCAAAAUGCAUCAGACCUAAACGUAAGCACUAAAACUAUAAAACUCUUCAAAGGAAACACGGGUGUAACCCUUCAUGACCUUGGGGUAGGUCGUGGUUUCUUAGAUAGAACACCCAAAAGCAUAAGCAAAGGAAAAAUAGAUACACUUAGACCUCAUCAAAGAUGAAAACUUUUGUGCGUCAAAGGACAUUAUCCAGAAAGUGAAAA